AUGUCAUUCCAAAAGGACCGCACUCUGAUCGCCGUCAUCGGAGACGAGGACUCUGUAACCGGCCUGCUUUUGGCCGGCAUCGGCCAUAUCGACUCGAAGCAAAAAUCCAACUUUUUCAUUGUCGACUCCAAGACGCCGCUUCCCAAGAUCGAAGAAACCUUCACCGAGUUCACGUCACGCAAGGACAUUGCCAUCAUCCUGAUCAACCAGCAUGUGGCUGAUGAUAUCCGCGAGCUCGUCGAGGCCCACGAAGCUGCCUUCCCGACGGUGCUGGAGAUUCCGUCAAAGGACCAUCCUUAUGAUCCCUCCAAAGACUCGGUGCUUAAGCGGGUGCAGAAACUGGUCGGCGAACAGUAA